AUGUCCAGAAAGAAAGUGAACUGUCCGAUGAACGAGUUGACAAACCUACGCCUUAUAUGGAAAUACUUGAUGGAACACUGGAAGGUCUCCGCAUCACUCGGUAUCCCAGCUGACUGCAGUUGCUUGGGUCUCGUUGCGAUUAUCAAAGUGUUCACAAAAGGAGUGAUUGGAACUUGGGGUAGGCCUAUCGAUGUGCUUGACCAAACCUUGCGCUUCGGUCGACCUGGUCUCCGAGGUCGCAUUGCACCUUUGAGCGCAAUUGAGGAUUAG